AUGACCAGCUUCAAGAACCUGAGCGUGCAGACGCUCCGCGACAUCCUCCGAAAGGUGCGGACGGGCGCCAAGCAUAAGAAUGGAUCCCAGCGCGAGAUCCCUGGCUCCCGCUCGACAUUACGCUUGGACAAUCCCAAUCCGCUCCCGCCGUGGGGCUUGCCCGUCGAGAUCCAAAUCUUGAUCUUCGCGCACUGCGGAACUUAUGAUUUUCUUGCCCUGAAGCUGGUCUGCAAGGCGUUCUACGACAUUUUGAGUACUCACGAACACGAGAUUGUGCGACGCUACCUCCGUCGUCAUCGCCACGGUACUUUACCAUCCCCGAUUGACAGCGAGCGAACCUAUACCCGGAACCCGGAAGACGAUGUCGUGCUGCUAUCUGACUUGUUCCCGCCCGCGAAGAGCGCUCGGGGCGGCCACCUUUAUACAUUCAGGUACCUGAGUUCCCUGCGGCACAAGCAGGAUCUGUGUUCGCGAUUGUGCUAUUACCUUGCAGAUCGGGUCAUGGAUCGGUUUAUCUCCACGGAGCCAGUGCUCCAUCGAAGCUCCUUCCCAUCGAGAGCCAGUCACACAGCGUUAGUGCAACGAGGUAAAGCUGGUAUCUGGUUUCAUCUCUCGCCCUUAAUGUAA